CCCACCCCCUGCCCAGCCCCGGCCCUGGCCGGGCCCCUCCCCGGGGGCGUCACGUGGGGCGGGCGGAAGCUCGGGGGGCCCGGGCUGCCGCAAGUCAGCGGAGGCGCUGGGAGAGUUCGGACGCCUGGGUCCGCGCUGCACGGGAGCCAGUUCCCAACUCUGAGGCCAUGGGGAGCCUCCUUGGGUAGUCCCUGCCCCAGGAAGUAUCCAGUCAUCCUCAGUAGCCUGGUGUUGAUGGCGAUGAGCUGAGAUUCCAGUUGAUCUGCUAGUGCCCCUGCUGCCCUCCUGGUCAUGGCGGAGGAGGUAGGGGCUAUGUUGCCUGUGGCUGAAUGGCUACGGGCAUUGCAUCUGGAACAGUAUGCUGGGCACUUUGAACAAUAUGGGCUAGUGUGGGCAGCUGAUUGCCGGGGCCUGAGUGAUGGACAACUUCUCAACAUGGGUGUCACGAUGCCUGGACAUCGCCGACGAAUCUUAUCUGGCCUCCAACGAGCCUAUGCCACUGCCUCUGAGGAGCUUCGUGGGCCUCCCCCUGCUCCUGCCCCUCGGGGGCCUCCUCGCCCUGUACCUGCCAAACGCUAUGUCUUUCGUUCUGCCCCAGCCCCUACUUUAGCCCCAGCCCCAGUCCCAACUCCAGACCCUUCCCUAGACCUAUCCCUGGUCCCAGCCCCAAGCCUAGCUCCAGGCCCAGUCCUAGCCCCAACUCUAGCCCCAGCUCCAGCUCUAGCCUCAGUCUCAGUCCCAUACUUAACCCCAGCACCAGUCCAAGUUCCAGCCCCAGUACAACCCCCUGUCUUAGUUCCCUCUUCAGCUUUUGCCCCACCUAUCCCUCCCCGAAGAAGCUGCCGACCUCCUACCCCCUUUGGUCUUCUGGAUCCUGGCCCAUCCAGGGACCCAAUGCUGCCCCCACUGCCUGCCAAACGGCACCAUGUGGAGGCCAGAGCACCCUGCAUUCCACCUCGAUCUGGCCCGCCCAAGCCUCUGGUGAGCCUCCUUGCAGAAGAAGAGAAGUCACCAGAGCCAGAGCUGGACACACCUCCAUCCCCUGUCCCCCGGAUUCCCUCCCAGCCCCCUCCCCUUCCUCUCUGCACCCCAGAAAUCCCCCCAAAGCCCUCUCGUCUGCUGCCUGAGUUUGACAAUUCAGACUAUGAUGAGCUCCCUGAAGAAGGACCACCAGCCCCAGGCCCCACCCCAGUGAUGGUCAACAAGGAGGAGCCGUCCCUGCGAGAUGUCCCGAGGACUGUGAGCGUGAACAGUCUGCUGAGUGAAGGCGACGAGCUUGCAGAGGACCCCCACGACUAUGAGGACAUUCCCAACGGCAUAUGGGAUGAUGUUGGUCUGAGAUCCCCAAGACUCAGCAACACCCCAGCCCCAGAGCUCCCUUUGAAUCCUAUGGAGGGGCCGCCCUGGACCUCAGCUCCCUCCACACCUGUCAUCAAGGCCGGCUGGCUGGACAAGAACCCACCUCAGGGGCCCCACAUAUCCUACACCCCCAGAUCGUACAUCUAUCAGAAGCGGUGGGUCAGGCUGGAUUCUGAUUACCUGCGGUACUUUGACAGUGACAAGGAUGCUUAUUCCAAGCGUUUCAUCCCCGUCUCCUCCAUCUCUCGAGUUUCUGGUAUCAGCGACCAGAAGUUUGAAGUCAUCACACACAACCGGACCUUUGUCUUCCGUGCUGAGAGUGAUGCAGAGCGGAAGGACUGGAUGCAGGCCCUUCAGCAGGCAGUGGAGGAGCAGCGGGUCCGGGCCCGGCUGUCAAGGGCCAACCUUCUGGAGCCUCACUGUCCUGGGAUCCCUGACCGUGCCGGCAGUCUGGAGCUUCGGGGAGUGAAGAACAAGCUCUAUGUGGUGGUGGCUGGCGAUAAGGUGCUGCUGUAUAAGAACUUAGAGGAAUACCAGUUGGGGAUAGGCAUCACGUCCAUCGAUAUGAAUGUGGGCAAUGUGAAAGACUCAGAUCGGAGAAGCUUUGAUCUCACUACUCCUUAUCGGAUCUUCAGUUUCUCAGCCGAGUCAGAGUCAGAGAAGGAAGAGUGGCUGGAGGCCAUGCAGGGCGCCAUUGCAGAGGCCCUGUCCACCAUGGAUGUGGCCGAGCAGAUCUGGGCUGAUGCUCCUAACCGACUCUGCGCCGACUGUGGGGCCACCCAUCCAGACUGGGCCUCCAUCAACCUCUGCCUUGUGAUUUGCAAGAGAUGUGCAGGGGAGCACCGAUGGCUGGGACCGUCUGUCUCCAAAGUCCGGAGCUUGAAGAUGGACCGGAAGGUGUGGACGGAGGAUCUGAUUGAGCUCUUCCAUCAUCUGGGGAAUGAAGCUGGGAAGCGGUUCUGGGCAGCCAAUGUCCCUCCUAGUGAAGCGCUGCACCCCAACAGCAGCCCUGGGGACCGGCGGCACCACCUGGAAGCCAAGUACCGUGAGGGCAAGUACCGCCGUUAUCACCGUUUCUUCGGCAAGCAAGAAGAGCUUGAUAAGGCCCUUUGUGUGGCUGUCACCACUACUGACCUCGAAGAGACGCAGGCUCUGCUGGGCUGCGGGGCAGCCAUCAACUGCUUCUCAGGGGACCCCGCAGCCCCCACACCCUUGGCCGUGGCCAGGCAGGCUGGCCAGAGGCUGCAGAUGGAGUUUCUCAGGAACAACCAGACCACGGAGAUGCCUCGGCUGGACUCGGUCAGCAUCGGGGAGAAGCAUUACUCCGUCAUUCAGCCCACUGUGAGCCAUAGCGGCUUCCUCUUCAAGACAGCCUCUGUCGCCAAGCCCCUACAGGAGCGCCGUUCCCGAGAAGAGUUCAGCCGACGCUGGUGUGUUCUCAGCGAUGGUGUCCUGAGUUACUAUGAGAAUGAGAGGGCUGUCGUGCCCAAUGGGGAGAUCCGAGCCAGUGAGAUCGUGUGCUUGGCUAUUCCCCCACCUGACGCCCAUGGUUUUGACAGUACCUUUGAAGUAUACACAGAGACUGAGAGAAUGUACCUGUUUGGAUCGGAGAGCCCAGACCUGGCUCGAGAGUGGGUCAAAUGUAUUGCUAAGGCUUUUGUGCCCAUCCAUGCGGAAGAGCUGCUGUGCAGGGACUUUGAGCGUUUGGGCCGCCUCUCCUAUAAGGCUGGCCUUAGCCUGCAGCGGACCCAGGAGGGUUGGUUUGCAUUAACUGGCUCCGAGCUCCGAGCAGUAUUUGAGGAGAGCCCCAGCGAGGAGGCCCUACAGCUCCGAAAGCUGCAAGAGCUAUCCAUCGAGGGGGACAAGGAAGUCCUGGUCCUGGUGGAGAGGGGAAGGACCCUGUAUAUUCAGGGGGAAAGGAAGCUGGACUUCACGGGAUGGCUGGGCGCCAUCCAGAAGGCAGCAGCAAGUUCUGGGGACACUCUGUCUGAGCAGCAACUGGGGGACUCUGACAUCCCUGUCAUCGUCUACCGAUGUAUAGACUACAUCACCCAGUGUGGAUUGACCUCAGAGGGCAUCUAUCGUAAGUGUGGGCAGACGUCAAAGACGCAGCGGGUGCUGGAGAGCCUGCGCCGAGAUGCUCGCUCCGUGCGCCUCAAGGAGGGGGAGCAACACGUGGAUGAUGUCUCGUCUGCCCUCAAGCGCUUCCUGCGUGACCUGCCUGAUGGGCUCUUCACCCGGACUCAGCGCUGUGCUUGGCUUGAAACAGCAGCAAUUGAGAAUGAGGAAGAAAAGAUUUCGAGGUACCAGGAACUCUUGGGGCUCUUGCCCCCUGUCAACCGGGCCACAGUGAAGGCCCUCAUCAGCCACCUGUACUGUGUACAGUGCUUCUCGGAAACCAAUCAGAUGAAUACCCACAACUUGGCAAUUGUAUUUGGACCUACGCUUUUCCAGACAGAUGGUCAGGACUACAAGGCUGGCCGAGUAGUGGAGGACCUCAUCGAUCACUAUGUCCGAGUGUUCAGUGUGGAUGAGGAGGAGCUGAGAAAGCAGCGGGAGGAGAUCACAGCCAUCGUCAAGAUGAGGGUGGCGGGCUCGGCCAGUGGCACACAGCAUGCUGGAGAUUUCAUCUGCACCGUCUACCUGGAGAAGAAAGCCACAGAAACAGAACAGCAUGUUAAGAUCCCAGCAUCCAUGACAGCCCAGGAGCUCACCAUGGAGAUCCUAGAUCGUAGGAAUGUGAGGAUAAAGGAGAAGGACUAUUGGACUUGUUUUGAAGUCAAUGAAAGGGAAGAGGCAGAGAGGCCCCUGCACUACACUGAGAAGGUUCUCCCUAUCUUGCACAGCCUGGGGACCGAUAGCCAUCUGGUGGUAAAGAAGUACCUCUCCAUGGAGGCCAUGCUUAUGUAUCUAGCCAGCAAGGUGGGGGACACCAAGCAUGGCAUGAUGAAGUUCCGUGAGGAUCGAAGCCUCUUGGGCCUGGGCCUCCCCACAGGCAGCUUCCAUGACCGUUACUUCAUGCUCAAUGGCAGCUGUCUAAGGCUCUUCAAGGAAAUCAGAAGUCACAAGCCAGAAAAGGAAUGGCCUGUGAAGAGCCUCAGAAUCUACUUGGGGGUGAAGAAGAAGUUACGACCACCUACCUGCUGGGGUCUCACUGUGGUGCAUGAGACAGAGAAGCAUGAGAAGCAGCAGUGGUACCUUUGCUGCGAUACCCAGAUGGAGCUCAGAGAGUGGUUUGCUACCUUCUUCCUUGUGCAGCAUGGCGGGACUGUCUGGCCUUCCGAGCCCUCAAGGGUGGUUCGACCUGUACCUGAGUCCAGGCUGGGUAGCGUGUCGCUCAUUCCCCUGAGGGGCAGCGAGAAUGAGAUGAGGAGGAGCGUGGCUGCCUUCACUUCUGAUCCCCUGUCUGCACAAAGCCCACCAUGACCAGGUGCUUCUCCUUAGCAUCCCUGAGAUGAGGGGGUCCAGAUCUUCUCAGUCUCUACAAGAAAGAGGCUUGGCCUCAUGGAGAGGCCCAGCUAGAGCUGCUCAUUCCAUCAAGACUCUAUCCUAGACUUUGUGUGUGUUGGGGAAGAAGAGUCUCCUAGGUGUCUGGGUAGCAGGGGUUAGCUACGAGGCAUUGGAAUGGGUGAGGGCAGACCCCUAUUUUUCCCACUUUGCCCUCCAGCUACCUUCUCCCUGCCAUCCAGGACCUUUUUUAAAAAAAUAAUAUAAAUAUAUCUGUAUAUUUUACCCUGUGACUAGGAGGUUUGUGUUUGGUUAGGCAUGGUAUACUCUGGUUUUGGGGGACCAUGGAGUACCAGGAAGAGGAAGGGAUUCACACAGUCUAGAGGGGUUUCAUAGAGAACAGUGAAACCAUGGACUGGAUUUUGGACAUCAGUGACACCUCACUGAGGCAAAUAGACUUAACCCUUCUCUUUCCCACAACUGAACCCCCACAGCUUCCAUCGAGUGGAACAUUAAAGCUGGAUUGGCCUUACAUAUGAUCUAGUCCAACCCCCUAUUUUUCUAGAUGGGGAAACUGAGGCCCAGAAUGAGGAAAGGGAUUUGUUUAAGGUCUCAGAGUUUAGGAUUAGAGCCCAGCGCUAAUCUGGACAUUUUGAGCCUCCAGGCGUUGGCAAGGACCUUAUUAUACUCCUUGAGUCAAUACAGCUCAGCGUUUCCCAGGAGACAGGCAAGGAUAAUAAGCCUUUCUGAGAAACCCCUGAAAUUCCCUGGGAAGGUGUCAGACAGGCGCCCGCUUGCCUGCCUGGCCCAGAGCUUCAUUGUCCCUCUCCUGUGCUGCUUGCCUCCAGCUCUGAGAGCACCACCGUAAACCUGAGAAUCUUAGAACUUCUAACACCAGAAAAUGUUAGAAAUAUGGAGGCAAAGAACCUCAGUAUCCCAGAACCUCAGGACUGUAGAAUCUCAUAGAACAUCUUAUUAAUGGAUUGAUUGAUUCAUUCA